AUGGACAUCAAUCACAUAUUUCUUCGCUCUUUCGGCGACUGUCCUGCUGGAAGCUCAUUCACUUCCUGCGGCGGACCAGAACCCUAUUGGCGUGGUUGCUGUUCUUCUCACGGCUGCUCCGAUAGUGAAGGCUGCCCUGCCGAUGCGAAAAUCAGUAUCCAAGUCUCUUCAGGUGAGAAUUGGCCUUCCUUCACCACCAUGACCACGUCGCACAAAGCCUCGAGUGACGUUGGAGCGCCGAUGACUGGAGAGUCUCCCACACCGACCACGAGCAUGGACACGAGCACUUCAACAACUGAAGAACCUUCCAAGACGCCCGCCGAAACAGCUCAUGUCACUUCCAACACUAUUGGUUCACUUGACACGGCCGCUACCCCUACUGGCGCAACCGUGGACGGAUCUGGACGCCUAUCACCCGGUGCAAUUGCUGGUAUCAGCGUCGGCAGUGGUGUCGGCGCAAUUGCGUUGCUUAUUGCCAUAUUCCUGCUAUUUCGGCGCCGAAAGCAUGCAAAGCGUAUGCCUUCUUAUCGGGACAAUCUACAUGGAGAGUUUAACGAGAAGGAGCCUCCUCAUGAGUUCCAGUCGUCUGCAGCCCGCCGAAAUGGCGACGAUGUCUUUGCUGCUUUUGGAGGUCGAGCUACCUCUUUUGAAUCGUCUAAAGCUCCUCAGACCAUAACGCCUUCCGCAUCGCGACAUCUACCUCUCCGCCAAGAUGAAGUUUCGCCAGUUAGCAGCCCUUGCUCGCCUGCUGGAGUCUCAUAUGUGAGCCCAAUCACACCGCAGUUCACAAGUCCGAUCCAGCUCGAGGGACCACCACCUGGCAAUAGGGACACUGUCAGUUCACGUGCCCCUUCGGGACCGGCACACCUUGAGUCUUCAUGUCUCUACCAUGAACUGGACUCGGCCGACACAGCAAGGCCCAACACAUUUGAGCUACCUACGCCGACUCCCCCGAUGACACCACAGACAGCACAGGGCUUGUGUCAUGAAGCUAAGAGCGACCACCCUGAGGCUCUUAUGCCUGGAGCUUUCCCUAAUGUGGUCAAAGAUGCCCAGCGGCAGAAGUUUACACGAGUUCAGAGCGGUGAUGCUGCUGUCGUGAGCAUUGGCGGCAAGUCUCAACAUUCACGACCCGGCUCAUUCGACCAUCCGGCAAGCCUAAGAGCUACCAUGAAUGCUACAGCUGAUGAUGUCAAGAGCAACCGCCACGUCAAUAGCUGGGCACAUCUAUAA